AUGGCAUCCUUGGAGCAGCAAAGCAAUGCCCAUUCUUCACUGUCACUCGCCCUCGAGACCCUAACGGAUUCGGUAUCCGGCGCCCUUGCUGCGCUACCGCACGACCAGCCGCACCACGAUGCCUCAGACAAGUCGUCCGUCCUCGCACCAGCAGACGGUAUUUCCCUUCUCGAUACCAAAAACGAAGUGCUGCUCUCCUACCUCCAGACCCUUGCUUUUUUCCUCCUCCUUCAGGUUCGACGUCUCAACGCCCAACCACUGCAACGAGCCAGUGGCCUCUCGCAGGAUGUCACCACCCAGGAGCAAGAGGUCGUCAACAGGCUAGUGGAACUACGGAGCUACCUCGAAAGGGGUGUGAAGCCUCUUGAAAAUCGACUCAAGUACCAGGUCGACAAAAUUUUGAAGGCAGCAGACGACGCUGAAAGAACCCAGCGAAUCGCAGCAGGGAAAAAGGAAACUAAACGGAAAGAUAUAGCCGGUGGCAGUGACACAGACUCGUCGACGGGGAGCAAGAUGAGCGGCGCAAGUAGCGACGAGGAUGAAACCGAAGAGGAUGAAGACAUUGACGAACUUGCCUAUCGACCCAACCUUGCAGCGCUCUCCAAGGGAACCAAGGACACGGAGAACCCGGCCACAUCUACAAAGUCUACACCUGGUGACGGCGUUUACCGGCCUCCAAAGAUAAAGCCGACUGCCUUGCCCAUGGAGGCCUCCGAUCGCCGCUCUGACCGUGAGCCGCGCCGUCCCGCGAAAUCCCGUGUGAUCGACGAGUUUGUGAGUGCCGAAAUGUCUGUCGCGCCCAUGGCGGAGCCCAGUAUCGGCAGCACCAUCCGGGCUGGCGGCAGAGAAGUGCGCACCCAGCGCCAACGAGAGAUUGAGGCGGAGCGGCGAUCGUAUGAAGAGACCAAUUUCGUGCGACUGCCCAAGGAGAGUAAAAAGGAUCGGGCCCAAAGAGGCGCAAAGCGGCAGGGUGGAUUUGGCGGGGAGGACUGGAGAAGUCUUGGGGAGGGUGCGGAUCGAAUUGAGCGACUGACUCGCCGGAACAAGGGGGCUGGAGGUGCCUUGGAGAAGAGCAGGAAGAGACGGCUGACCGAAGACGGGCCUCGGGGCGACGGUGUCAGCAUCGGCGAAGGGUUCGAGAAGCGACGGAAGAAGGUUGCGGGUUGGAAAAAGUAG